AUGGCUGCCACCAAGGUAUCCCGCGCAGGCCUGCUCGCCCGACUGGCUGGCUCGCUCAUCGACAAGGACUUCUUUCCUCUGCUGCUCGCCGCUCAACCCGAGAAAUUCGAUGUCUUCCUGCUGGUGGCCGGCGUGGUUGGCGCCAUGUGCGCCGGCCUGCCCUUCCCCUUCCUGGGCAUCCUGUUCGGCAAGCUGGUCGACGACCUCAACUCCUCCUCGUGCGAUGACGCCCCCGAUCCGGCCCGGCUGGAACACGCCGUGCGCCAGAAAGUCGUCAUGGUCGCCAUCGUCGCUGGCUUCAACUUCGCUCUGAUCUAUAUUUAUAUGGGAUGCUGGACCCUGUUUGGUGAGCGCCUCAUUCGCCGCCUCCGCACUCGUUACCUGUCCGCUCUGUUGCGCCAGGAGGCUGCUUUCUUCGAUGGCAUGCCUGCGGGCGAGGUUGCCUCGCGCCUGGACACCGACCUGCACACUAUCCAAGCCGGAGUUUCCGAGAAGGUCGGCAUCUACAUUGCUAGUUUGUCAUACUUCUUGGCCGCAUACGGAGUGGCCUUCAUCAUGGACGCCCGACUUGCCAUCAUCCUCUUCUCCCUUGUGCCGACAUACUGGGCGAUGACGAAGGCGGGCGGUCACUUCACGGUGAAGUAUUCAAAGCGGGUGACUGGUGCCGUUGCCGAAGCCAGCUCCAUUGCCUCGGAGUGUCUGUCCAACAUUCAAAUCGUGCAUGCCUUUCGUCUGGAGUCCCGUCUGGAGGGCAUAUUUGCCGGCCAUCUGCUGAAGGUGCAGCCUGCCGCUAUUGGUCAAUUCAUUACUGCCGCCCUGCAACUUGGUGGUCUGUACUUGAUCGCUUACACGGCCAAUGCCGUGGCUAUUUGGCAGGGCAGCCAGCAAAUUGCAGACGCAAUUGCCGACCAUAGCAAUUUCACUGUCGGCAGGGUGUACACAUGUAUAUUGGUUCUAGUUGACGCUUCCUUCAUCCUCACCCAGGUCGCGCCUUUUCUGCAGAUUUUCUCUGGAGCAGCCGUGGCUUCCAAGAAGCUCUUUGAGACGGUUGAUCGUGAGUCGAAAAUCGACGGCACAUCCGAUUUUCACGGCCAGAUUCCACCCAGCUUCGAGGGUGGCUUUGAGCUGCAGCAUGUCCGCUUCCGCUACCCCUCGCGCCCGGAUGCCCAGGUUCUCGACGGUGUUUCCCUAAGCAUUGAGCCCAAGAAGAUCACAGCCCUUGUUGGUUCCUCCGGCAGCGGCAAGUCUACACUCGCUUCGCUGCUCCCGCGCAUUUACGAUCUCGAAGAUGGCGAAGGUUCCAUUCUUGUCGACGGCAUGGACAUCAAGGAGAUGAACACACGUUUUCUGCGCAGCAACACCGCUAUCGUCGAGCAAAACCCCUCCCUCUUUGAUGUCUCUAUCCUUGAGAAUAUCGCCUUCGGUCUAAUCGGCUCACCACGCCGUGACCACCUCUUCCUUCAGGACAACAUUAGCAAUGGUAGCCUGAACGAAUGCGUCCAGAAGGUCCAGAAGGGCUCUACUUUUGACAUGGCUGCUGAUGCCGCAUGCAAGAAGACCAUCCGCUUAGUGCAGGAAGCCGCCAGUCGUGCCGGCGUCACCGAGUUUGCGAACAACAUGGAACACGGCUUGGCGACGCGGGUCGGCCCUGGCGGUAGGCAGCUUUCUGGCGGUCAGAAACAGCGUGUGGCUAUUGCUCGCGCUCUGAUCCGCGACGCACCGGUUUUGAUCCUUGACGAAGCAACGUCUGCUUUGGACUCGUUCUCCGAGCAGAAUAUCCAGAAGUCGCUGGAGGAAACGUGUCAGGGUAAGACUAUCAUCGUGAUUGCACACCGUCUGGCUACUGUCAAAAAUGCGGACAAGAUUAUCGUCAUGGCCAAAGGCAAGGUCGAAGAGGAGGGUGGCUAUAAUGAGCUCAUUCAACGAGACGGCGUUUUCGCCUCGCUCGUAAAGAUCCAAGACAUCCAGAAGGAAGAGGACAGGGCUGUCACUCAACAGCUGAUUGAUGCCGGCGAUAAGGGGGAAUCCUCUGCAGCUGGCAGCGGCGGCCGCUUCUCGGAUGUCGAAAAGAGGGAUGCGGACAUGGGCGAUGUCAACCUGGAUUCUGACGACGAUGACGAAGAUCUCCCGCUGCUCGAUUCCCACAUCAACCCAGAACUUACCGUCGUAGCGGACAACAAAAGCAAACACCAGCGCUCCUUCAUCUCCACCCUCAUUGCUGUUAUCAGACUUGCUCGCCGGUGGCGUCUGUAUGUCAUCGUUGGCGUCAUCGCAGCCAUCAUCGUUGGAGGCUCUCAUUCCGCUGAGGCUUUGAUCUUCGGUAACAUGAUCUCCCACAUCAAUCCAUGCGAAGACGAGGCACUUGUCCGAUGGAGUGGCAUUUUCUUCUCCCGUCUUUUCUUCCUUCUCGCUAUACUCGAGUUCAGUGCUUCCGUCACACGCGGCUCUGCUUUUGGUUUUGUUUCUGAGAAGCUUCUGGUCAAAACGCGGAUUUUGACGCUGCGCUCUCUCCUCCACCAAGAUGUUGCAUGGCACGAGUCCGAAGGCCGCACCCCUGACACACUGCUCUCGUACAUCACCACCGAUACCAACAGUCUCAGCGGCAUGACGGGCUCAGUGCUCGGUAUUUCCUUCUCCAUCGUCGUCAGCCUGGUCAUGGGUGUGACCAUUUCGCACAUCGUUGCGUGGAAGAUUGCCAUCGUUCUCCUGGCCACAGUGCCAAUUCUGCUGCUCUCCGGCUACCUUCGUCUCCGCAUGUACGCGCGAUUCCAUGAGAAGCACGCCAAAGCGUUUAGCACUUCCGUUGGUGUGGCUAAGGAAGCGGUUGACUGCAUUCAGACGGUCGCCGCGUACUCUCUCGAAAAUCUUGAGCUCUCGGUAUACCAACGCGCUCUGAAGGAGCCUUACGACGCGACUAUCCAGGGUAUCACUAUUGGCAAUUUCUGGCUGGCCCUAUCCUAUAGCGUCAGCAACCUCAUCUAUGCGCUAGCAUACUGGUGGGGCGCGAAGAAGACGGCGGACGGUACCUACACGCAGACGCAGUUCUUCAUCGUCUUGCCCGCUCUCCUCUUCUCAGCCCAGAGCUGCGGUCAAUUCUUCUCGCUGGCGCCUGACAUCUCCCGCGCUGGUGUCGGCGCGCGUCGGAUCCUCGAUCUGAUCGAUGGCGCGCCGCGCGACCCGUCGGCGGGUACAUACCAAGACUCUCAUGGUGGCAAUGUCCUGACGUCGUUCGAGGACGAGUACAACCCAGAGCAAGACGGUGAUGAAACCAGCGGACUUGCGAUGAAGCAGUUCGGAAAGUCGCAGGGCAGCCAGAACCAGCAAGGCAUGUCGGUGUCCUUUGAAGACGUGCGGUUCGCGUACCCGUCGCGACCCAAUGUCGAGGCGCUCAAGGGGUUGACGCUUGACAUCAAAGCGAACCAAUUUGCGGCGCUGACGGGCCACUCGGGAUCUGGAAAGUCGACGACACUGGCGCUGCUCGAGCGCUUCUACAAGCCGUCGUCGGGCACGGUCAAGCUCGACGGGCGCACCAUCAGCAACCUACCCUCGACCGGUAUGGGUUUCCGCGACGACGUCGCGCUUGUGCCGCAGGACUCGUGUCUCUUCGACGGUAGCAUCCGCUUCAACAUCGCCCUCGGGGCUCCACCGGGUGUGCAUGUCUCUGAUGCGGAUGUUGAGGUGGCAUGCCGCGCAGCCAACAUCCACGAUACCAUCAUGUCGCUUCCCGAGGGCUACAACACGCGCUGCGGUACCAAGGGCUCUCAGUUCUCGGGUGGUCAGCGUCAGCGUCUGUCCAUCGCACGUGCGCUGCUGCGCAAGCCUCGCUUGCUCCUGCUUGACGAGCCCACCUCGGCUCUCGACGCCGAGAGCGAGCGCAUCUGGCAGACGACUCUCGACAGUCUCAUGACGGGCAACGUCACUGUUGUUGUCAUUGCGCACCGUCUAGCGACUAUCAGGAAGGCGGAUGUGAUUUUCCUGAUCGAGGGAGGAAGCUGUGUUGAUCAGGGCACGCAUGAAGAUUUAUUUGCGAGGAGCGAGAGCUACAAGAAUAGCGUGAUGCAUCAGACGUUGAGGUAG